AUGACACUGGAGAGGUAUCUGAAACCUUCGUCCAAUCUCACCUAUAUCCCCCUGGACCUCAGGUUUGCCCCACUCAGUGAGGCACCCUCUGAGACGCCAGUUGAAAGAGCUCUGGUUAUGGUACCAGAAACCUUCGUCCAAUCUCACUUAGAUCCCCCUGGACCUCAGGUACCUGAAACCUUCGUCCAAUCUCACACAGAUCCCUCUAGACCUCAGAGCUGGAUCUGGUCAGAUGGGAGUAACCCCUCAUACACAUACUGGAACACUGGAGAGCCAAACAACGGUGGGGGUGAUUACUGUGUGCAGUUAUUGAAGGACUCUACAUACAAAUGGAAUGAUGACUACUGCACUUCCCCAAAUCCCUUUAUCUGCUAUAAAGAGCUUCCACUCAUCCUGAUUAAUCAGACCAAGACGUGGAGAGAAGCUCUGAGAUACUGCAGAGAGAAUCAUGUGGAUCUGGUCUCUGUUCACACUGAGGAGAUUCAGCACUGGGUGGAAACAGCUGUUUAUUAUGCCUCCACUGCUAAUGUGUGGAUGGGUCUGCGUCACACCUGCACCCUGAGCUUCUGGUUCUGGGUGAGUGGAGUGUCGAUCUGCUACCAGAACUGGGCUCCGGGGAACGGGACAGCGGUGGAAGACUGCAGUGGAGGAGAAAGAACAGGAGCGGUGCAGUCUGGAAGUAAGAAGUGGGUCAGUCUGCCAGAGAAUCAGAGACUCAACUUCAUCUGUAUCAUCAAAGAGUUCUAGAAGUGGAUGCAGGCUGUUCAAAUGGAUCCUCAUAAUUCAGGUUCAUGCUGAUGUUUGACGGCAAUUUC